AGCAAACCGACGGCCGUCUCGAGAGAAAUUCGGAAAAGUACAUUGUCGACAGGACAAGCUCCGUGGACAUCGGGAAAAAUCCUUUCACCCCCCCCCCAAAAAAAAAAAAAGAACAGCUUUCGACAUGAAGAAAUAUUUGUGCUACAUUUUUAUCGUCGUCCUCGUAGUGGAAGCCCAAACACCAUCGACGCCCACGAGUGAAGCGAUCCGCCCGCACCAGCAGUUCCUGACGCAGCCGACAGAGGGCGCGUCACGGGGCCCAGACAACAGCACCUUCGCGGCAGAAGGGCGGAAUGGCGGCCGCGCUAUCCAGCCUAUUUACCUGAGGGAACCCAACAACACUAUCACCUUCGCGCCCAGCAACAUCUCAGCCUCGACCGUAGAACAGCUGUGGAUACUCGACCUCGGUAACGCCCGCGGGUACGGCAUCGAACUCAACGUGACGAAGGUGAACUUACUGGUACCCGCUUGGAUCCACGACACGGAUCAGAAGAAGAAUAUUUCGGAUGGCGAUUUCCUCCUGGUGGGGCCUGGAAAGAAAAUCAUGGGCGGCACGAAAGAAAAACUCCUAUGGGGUUUCGUAAACAAGACGGUUCCUCUAUACGUCUCCGCGCCCACCGCCCACAUCUAUUUCCGGUUCGAUCACUUGGCCGCCACAAACGCCCACUCAGAGGAUCCAGUUUUCGAGAUUCACUACAGGCGCGUCGGAACGCCGAUCACGACCCCCGAUCCCUCCGUCACGACCACCACCUUGCCUCCGCCGCCCGAAGACCUCACCGUCAGCAGCUGGGUGGCUUUGAACGGCAUCAGGCCGACUGUGGCGCAGAAAGAGGAAUAUUUACUAAACGUGAGACAAGUUACUGCUAUCAUCUCCAGUCAAUAUGCAACUUCAAACAACAUGAAACUGCAGGAUGAGAUAAGGGAAGAAGAUGUGAUACUGCAAUCAGUCAUGACCUGCCACCCACUCUACUGUUGGGCCGACUGUGCUGCCUACAACGUCUCAAUCAGGGCCUAUUAUGAGUCAGAUGGUUCUUGGGCCUUCACCGGCGACAUUCUUAGGCAGAUGUUUGCAGACAGGCAGUAUGAUCAUUACUGGGAGGAUGCAAAGUAUCCAGCUAAGGUGUGUGUAGAGGCACCCAUAGAAGGAAGAGGGGAGUGGGAUACUUGGGUAGUGGCUGCAAGCAUCACCGCACUGGCUCUUCUCAUUUUCAUAGUGGUUUGGAAGAUACAGCGCUAUAAUGUUUUGGCUCAGAUGCGAAAGGACUUUGAGAAACAACAACUCGAGAUGGAGAAGGAGCGUGCGAGGAGGAUGUCUGGAGACAUCUCUAUCUUAGGGCUGGGAACUUGGGGAAACUCGGUGGCUUCCAGGGAUUCCAGGAGACACUCCCUGCCUUUCCCAAGGAUGAGGAUGGACAGCAGGUUUUCCGAGGGAGGAGAGGAUGACGUAUCCGAAGAUGACUUCCACGGAUACCAGGAAUUUGUACCAGAUAGGAUAAUAAUGGAUGCUACUGUGCUUGGACUGGAAGCAGAACUGGAUAGAGACAACAAGGAUGGCAGCUACUUUAAUGCUGCCUUUGUAGACGAUGAGGGUACAUCUGGGCACAAAGCAGAUGACGAAGAUAUUUUGUAUGAACGCCGUCCCUCCCCGGUCACAAUGGACUCGGACAGUGAUGAUCCUGAUGCCAUUAACUUCAGGAACUACUCCAAGGGCCAUUCUACAACUCGGAAGAUUUCAACCACUGCCGAUAUCCACGAUGACGAAACAUCCCUGUAGAAAUACUGCCAGGCAAGAAGAAUUUGGAUAGAUUUUAGCUUAAAGAACAAACUUCUAAAGCAGUGGUUCUUGACUUUUUAACUACCAUUCCCCCUUUAGGAAUUUGUCCUUUCCUCCAUGCCUCCCUUAUGUGUAAAUAAAAUUCCCUCCCAGAUACUGAAGAAAAUUAUUGUUUGUCUUUUUAAUGAGUGACAUUAUAAUCAAACUUUUCAUUAUUGGACCAUGUUCUUGUCAAGAGAAUAACAAAGAUAAUUAGAGAAAUUGCUGCUAUUUUUCCAAGGGCUUGUGUCCCCUUUGGAAAAUACUGAAGCCUCCCCUAGGUGGGUGUGCCCCCAGGUUAAGAACCACUGCUUUAAAGCAUUGAUAAAAAUGGCAUUAAACUCUACAAGAAAGCAUUAUUGCAGGAUGGAAAAUAUCAAGCUUUUUGUCUCCAUCUUCCAUCUUUCAGAAAACUAAUUCUGUUUAUUAUUUUGUGAGGGCCUGUAGCUUAAUAUGAUGUUAAGACUAAGAUUGUACAUUUGCACAACCUUGAAGUAAUAUUAAGAGAAUAUGGUUAAUAUUUGUGGGUUGUAUGUCUAGUUCAUCUAAUAUAUUUAACAGUGAUGUAUAUCCUCAUGAUUUAAUAAAAAUAAAAAAUAAAAAAUAAAAACAACUAGUAACUAUUAACCAUAGCAGUAAAACACGAGAUUUUGAUGAAAGAAAAAA